AUGACCGACGAGUACCGCGUCGUCUCACCAACGGGAAUGAUCCCUGGAGACCUCGCGCUCCGGCCAAUACCUUCCAACCAUUCCGUCACGCCACCCGCACUUCGAGAUCCCGAGAUGGCGAGGGAGCUCAAGAAUGUCAAGCUUGUCACCUUCGUGCCCAACGAUCCCGAAGACCCUCGGAAUUGGUCGAAGCUCUACAAAUGGUACGUUACGGCUGUCUGCGCAAUGUCGGUAGUAGAAGUCGCGUUUGCCUCAUCUGUUGUUACCGGUGACUUCGACGGCCUCAUGGCGGACUUCCACAUGGGCCUUGUCGUCAUUUCAUUGAGCGUCAGUCUCAUGGUCUGUGGGUUCGGACUCGGACCUCUAUUCUGGUCACCUGUUAGUGAGAUUGUUGGUCGCCGACCGAUUUGGAUUGUGCCGACGAUUGUUUAUGUUAUCUUCAUCAUCCCCUGUGCUGUUGCACCUAAUAUUCAAACGCUGCUCAUCUGCCGUUUCCUGGCCGGUCUCUUCGCCUCUGCACCACUGACACUCGCCGGCGGUACAAUCUCUGAUAUCUGGGACAAUGAAGAGCGUGGCUUCGCCAUCGCACUUUUCGCUGCAGCACCCUACGGUGGACCAGUUCUCGGCCCAAUUGUGGGAGGCUUCGUUGGCGAGAAUGCCGGCUGGCAUUGGAUCUUCUGGGUCAACAUGAUCUUCGCCGGCGUGAUGUUCCUGUUCAAGGCAACAAUCCCAGAGACCUACGCACCAGUCAUCCUAAAGCGACGUGCUGCCAAGCUUAGGAAGGAGACGGGUGACCCCAACAUCUGCACCGAACAAGAGAUGUUCAAGGUCCCCUUGGCAGAGAUGAUGAAAGAUACUCUAAUCCGGCCAUUUGAGAUGCUUGUGACGGAGCCAAUUCUGCUUCUUCUCUCCAUGUACAUUGCCCUCAUCUACGGUCUUCUGUACGCAUUCUUCUUCAGCUACCCAGUCGUCUUUGGUGGAAACUACCAGUGGAACGACGGGCUCGUCGGCCUUACAUUUAUCUCUGUUUGGAUCGGUCUCUUCCUCGCUCUCGCCGUCAUGCCAUUCCUGCAGAAGGACUACAUGAAGCGCGUAAAGGCGAAGGGCGGCAAGGCCGAGCCAGAAGACCGUCUCGUCGGCAUGAUGGUCGGCGCCAUCUGGGUACCCAUCUCUCUCUUCAUCUUCGGCUGGACAAGCCCCCCGGCGGUUAUGCCAGGCGGCGGCAACUGGGUCGGCCCUGUGAGCUCGGGCAUCCCGUUCGGCUUCGGCAUGGUCACCAUCUACUUCUCCGCCAACGCAUACAUCAUCGACGCCUUCCCCGGCUACGUCGCCUCCGCGCUCGCCGCGAAGACCGUCAUUCGUUCUGGCUCCGGCGCGGCCAUGCCCCUGUUCAUCACGGCCAUGUACCACAACCUCGGCAACGGCUGGGCCGCGAGCACGUGGGCGUUCAUCUCCCUCGGCAUGCUCCCCAUCCCCUUUCUCUUCUACCGAUUCGGAAAGGUCAUCCGUUCAAAGUCAAAACGUGCCACUUCAGCAUGA